GCUCCAGAAUGCUGGCAAAUAAAAAUCCGGAGAGCCAGCACCGUCUGGAGACCUGCAGUAGGCACGAGGACCCACUCAGCAAGCCACUGAGUUCCUGGGCCUUGGAAGUGAUGCCCAUGGCGUCCCCCCAAACCUUGCUCCUCUGCCUGCUGGUCCUGGCGGUCACUGAAGGCCAGGGGCAGCAGGCAGCCAUCCCAGGCUGCUACUUGCACCCCUUCAACGUGACAGUGCGAAGUGACCGCCAAGGCACCUGCCAGGGCUCCCAUGUGGCACAGGCUUGUGUGGGCCACUGCGAGUCCAGUGCCUUCCCUUCCCGCUACUCCGUGCUGGUGGCCAGUGGCUAUCGACACAACAUCACCUCCGUCUCUCAGUGCUGCACCAUCAGCGGCCUGAGGAAGGUGAAGGUGCAGCUGCAGUGUGGGGGGGACCGGAGGGAGGAGCUGGAGAUCUUCACGGCCAGGACCUGCCAGUGUGACAUGUGUCGCCUCUCGCGCUACUAGCCCAUCCUUUCCCCUCCUCCCUCCCCUUGGUCAGAGGUUUGAGUUGGAGUAUAUCUUGUCCAUCCUGAGCCUCAUUGAGGACAACAGCUCCAACCCUCUUAAGAUUCUGUGAUUGUCACCUCCUGAGAAGAGGGGCAUUUCUGCCUCUGCCUGGCCUCCUAACCAGCCUUUCAUCAUUUCACUGCCCUCUUUGUCCCUACCCCUAAAUAAAGCAAGCAGUCCUCGA